CUCCAGGCGCUGUUCGCCCAGGUGGCCGCCCAACAGCAGCGAGCCGGGGGCGGCCAUCGGGCCGAGGACCUCUUCGCGGAGUGGCUGGGCGACGGGCCCGCAGGCGGCUUGGACGCCGAGGUCGACGCUGCCUCGGGCGAGCCGGAGGGCGACGACGGAGAGGAGAGUGACAGCGAAGAGAUCGACGUCGGCCCGCUGCAGGCGCUGCUGACCGACAACGCGGCCUUCUUCGAGGCUUGCGAGGCCGCGGUGGCUCUCGCUGGGACCAGCUCCUCUGGCCCUGGCCCACCGACCCUGGACAGCCCGGCGGCCCUCCGCGUGGCGCUCAACGAGGUGUGCAGGAGGGUGGCGAUCGAGGCGGUGGACGAGGAGGAGUCGAAGGAGCUCUUCGACGGUCCCAUGGACCCUGGGGUCUUCUACGUGUUCGCGAGGGAGUACUUCAGUUCCAUUAGUCGCGCGCUGACCAUGGACAUAGACGCGCUCCCCCCCGCUGGCCCGUCGUAG